AUGAAAUUCCUCAUUGUUCUCGCUGCCCUCGUUGCCGUUGCAUUGGCACAAGCUAACGACGAAACAAUCAGAUAUGACGUUGACAACAUCGGUGUCGAUGGAUACAAAUUUGCUUAUGAAACCAGCGGAGGAAUCAAACACGAAGAAUCAGCUGUUGUAAACAACCUUGGCACAGAAAACGAAGCCAUCUCCGUUAAGGGAUCAUACUCCUUCGUUGCCGAUGAUGGACAAACCUACACCGUCAACUUUGUUGCUGACGAAAACGGUUACCAACCAGAAGGUGCCCAUUUGCCAAAAUCCGAAUAA